UGUUUGCAUCUACUCCUUUCGCUCCGGUUCGCCAUGGAUGGAGAAAAGGAGCAUAAUGUGUCGCCUGUAACUUCUAUUACAACUUCUCUCCAUCAUGAAAUCCUAGAUUUUGGCAAUGAAGAUGACGAAGAAAUCUCUGAAUCCUUUGUGUGUUGCGUUUGCCUGGAUCUCCUCUACAAGCCUAUUGUACUUGCUUGUGGCCACAUUUCAUGUUUCUGGUGUGUUCAUAAAGCCAUGGAUGGUUUGGGCGAUUCUCAUUGUCCAAUAUGUAGGUGCCCAUAUAAUUAUUUCCCUAGCAUCUGCUUGAUGCUCCACUACUUGCUUCUGAAGAUGUACCCGUUGGCCUAUAAGAGAAGAGAAAAACAAGUGCUAGAAGAAGAAAAGGAAAGUGGCUUCUUUUCUCCUCAGAUUGAUGACAAUUUUAGCGGAUCGCAUACUAAUGAACUGAAUCUGCUCGGUCAUUGUUCACAUUCUUCCACGGGUUCUCUGCCUGACUUCUACUCGGACAGUUGCUCCACUGGGAAAUUGAGCCCUUCUAAAAUUGAAGAGCCAUUAGAAUUCAACAGUUCAUGGCAUGAAAGUGAAGGGGACACUGAAGCCACUAAAAAGUUGGCUGAUGAAGAAAUUGAAAAAUAUCAGGCUGCAACUUGCAGGCAGGUAUCUGCCUUUGAUGUACUGUGUGCUGCUUGCAAGCAACUGCUCUUUCGACCUGCAGUGCUUAACUGUGGCCAUGUAUAUUGUGAAUCCUGUAUUGCAACUCCGGGGGUUGAAUUGCUUAGAUGUCAAGUUUGUCAAAGUUUCCAUCCAACAGGGUUGCCAAAAGUAUGUUUGGAGUUUGAUCAUUUCUUGGAGGGACAAUUCCCUGAAAAAUAUGACCUGAGAAGAGAGGCAGUUCAUUCCUGUCAAAGUGGAAGACCAUCAGCUUGUAUGUUUCAACCAUCUGCAACACAAGAUGUAAAGCAAGAUGCAAAGUCGUCGUUUCCACACAAAGACUUGUUUAAUUGGUUGAGAGAGCAUGGGUCAAAAGUUCACAUUGGAUUUGGUUGUGAUUCUUGUGGGAUGUUUCCAAUAAUCGGAGAGAGAUACAAAUGCAAAGACUGUAUGGAGAAAGCAGGCUUUGAUCUGUGUGGAGAAUGUUAUAAUACUUGCUCCAAGCGACCAGGCAAAUUCAAUCAACAGCACACACCUCAGCAUACGUUUGUGCUUGUUCCACCAUCACAAAAGUUUAUACGGAGGAUGCUGGCAACACUAUCUACUGGUGGUCCUGCUUCUAUUUUCUCUAGUGAUUCUUCAGAGGAUUCACAAGAGGCUUUCUCUGAUCCUUUUCAUGGUGAUGCUCUGGAAGUUCCAGAAAAUGGUUCUGUUGCUCCCAUAAAUUCCUAUGAUGCUCCAGAGGAUCAAGAAGAUGAUUUGCCUGUUCCCAUGUUCUAUGGUGAUGAUCUAGAGGUUGCUGAUAAUGGUUCUGGUGCUCAAAUCCGUUCUGAUGAUGCUUCAGAAGAUCCAGAAAACACUCACACCACCUUGUAAAAUUAAAGAGAGGGGAUUAUGAAGCAUGGCAGAGUUGGAGGCUUUAAAGGGCAAGAAUCAACAGAUGAACAGCAAUAGAAGCGAAAUUUUUGCAUCAUAGAUUGGGUAUUGGUGCUCAGUCAGCGGGACAGAGAUGACUCAAGGACAUGAAGUACAGAAGAUUCUCGGUCAUAGCUUAUACCCAAAUACAGAUACCAUCACAUUAUGCAAGUGGGUGUUCAUAUUAUUUGUCUACUUACAUUUGUUUUUCUUCUUGAAAUUCUAUACCUGCAUGUAUCACAAAAAUGUCGUUUACUAAAUAAUGAAAGUAAAAUAGUACUUUAAUUUAAUAUAAUAAAUUACUUU